AAAAUCCCAUCCCACAUUAUUUCGUCGCCCGUCCGCAAGUCUCAAAUCAUUAAUUAUUUUAUUUAGAGAGACAUGCAGGUAAUGUUCAUCUAAACCCCAGAAGAUGUACGGUCGCUCCACCGAAGUUUCGUCGUAAGCUAGGAGGAAGAGAAGCAUAAUGGAUAGAGUCUGUAGCACUUGUGGGGACUUUGGAUAUGCUGAAAAUCUUGUGACUUGUUAUCACUGCAACAAGACUUCUGAACAUAUCUACUGUAUGAAUGUCGAAAAACUUCAGGUACCUGUUCCAUGGUAUUGUGAAGAAUGCCUUCAGUAUCUUACUGUCGCUCAUGAAGGUGCUGUAAAUGCAUCUAAAAAGCAGAAAAAUAUUCAUGGUGAUUGUUCGGUUAGUAAAGAUCCUCCUAAAGGAAGCACUUCACUGACCAGGAGAGCCAGUCCUGUAUGCCUUGUUAAGGGCGAGAACCAAACUGGAACUAGAAAACCUAUAUGUUCUGAAGAUGGUUCACAUAAGACAUCUAACAGGGCACCUAUAUCAUCCAGUUCACAAGCAAAUCAUGAAAUUUUUACGGCAAAUAAAGGGACUCUUGAUGGCGAUAACCAUGGUUCUUCUUCUAAGUGCAUAAUGUUAAAGCGACGUGCUAGUAUCUGCAGCAAUGAGAAGAUACAAGAUUUGAAAAGAUCAGGAACUGGAUUUUAUUGUGAUUAUGAGUCCAAAACAAUUGGAUCUCAAACUUUGGGACUACCUCUGCCGAUAGCCAUAAAUCCAGAUGAAAAGCUUCUAAGGAACCAUGCUCCACAAGUUUGCUGGAAGGGAAAGUUCGAGAUAUUUGAAAUGGUUCUUCAUAAAUAUGAGGGAAUUCAAUGCCAUCUUUCCUGUGUUUCACAUUGUAAGGUUGAAAAGAUCUUUAAAGACCUGCCUGAAAAUUUGAAUUUGAAGGAACUACCUCGAAAAGAUGUGUGGCCCAGAAUCUUUCAUUUGGACCCUCCCACCAAAGAGGACAUUGGAGCAUACUUCUUUGUCUCUGAUCCAGGGAGGUUAAAAGAAAAGUACAUCCGUCUUCUUGAGCGGGUUAAUUCACGUGAUUCUGCAUUGAAAGCUUGCAUGAAGGAUAUUAAAUUAUUGGUAUUUUCAUCGAAGCAACUGCCGGUAGAUUCUCAACGAAUAGGUGGAGAACCAUAUUUGUGGGGUGUACUUAUGCAUGCGAAAGUAAAACGUUCUGCUACAGCUUCAACGAACAAUAACUGUACUCAACUAAAAGCUCCGUUAGAAAGUAACACUAUGAAUAUCAUAAUUCAGAAAGAGAAUGCAAAGGCUGAUGUAUUCGCGUCUAGCAUUACGCCUCCUGGUUUUUCAGCACCAAAUUCAGGAGAUUUCAAGUGUAUUAGAAGGGCUGUUGACGUUACUUUGUUAAAAAUGGUGGUAGACCCUGUAGAACCAGAAGUUCCUCCUGGCUUCUCAAAAAUCACGCCUCCUGGAUUUCCUGAAGUACAAGAAGCUAUGAGGGGCAAAAAUUAUACUGAACUGAAUGUCCCACUUGAUCGGCAGGCUGAGAAAGUUGAUGUGAAGCAAAAUGUAUUGAAACGAAGCAUUGAUACACCACCUGGUUUUCCGGUACCACUUUUAAGAGAGACUAGUUCUGUCAAAAGAUCCUCUAGCCAGUUUUCCUCGAAUAACAUGGUUAAUCCAAUCAAUCCAGAUGUGCCUCCUGAGUUCUCUGGACUCUCACGUCCUGGUUUUCCCAAACUCUUGAGUUCUCAACGCAGCUCACAUGAGACCAAAUUUGAAAGUGUAAUGCCAUCAAGAAAUGAUUCUGCGAGCUGUAUUCCUUCAACUGCUAUGGAAGGAUAUUCAUCAAAAGCUUCAAAACCAGAGGAUGUUAAACCCAAGUGUCAUCAGCAAUUUUGUGAACAGGUAUUUGAUAAUUGGUGCCAGUCCACAGAGCAUGCUGGAACCAAUAAUGUCACUUACUCAGCCGUAGAGAAGAAUGGGUUUAAUUCAACAGAUUCACCUGAGAGAGCUGCCAAACUAUGUUCUAUUAGCGAAAACCUUCCAUCUUCAUCUACAGCACAAAAAGUGCAUGGCUUGUCUGAGAACCAUUCAAGUUGGAGAGGGGGAACAUGUCCAACAAAUAGCCUAGAAACAUUCUCAAUUUUCCAUGACAAGUCACUGAGUGAAUCUGGACCUCCCUGCUCAUCAGCUGCAAGGCGCAAUGAUUGUGCUCAAUUAAACGUUCCUUCUGGAAGAAAUCCCAAAGAAGUUAUGCAGAUUGACAUGCCAUGGGAUGAAAAGAUUGUCAGGAAAGAUAUAUCCAUUCCAAGAAUGGACUAUAUGCCAGGGGAUGAGAAGCUUGUCAGAAGACAUGAAUCCAUAGCAAGAGUUGAAUCUCUGUCUCCUCCAUCUGAUUUGGAUAUUGACAAGUCAGAAGACACAAAGGUUGACAAGAAUGUUAGAUCCAUACCAAGUGUUGAUAUGUUUCCUUGUUCAUCUGACGUUAGCGUGAAGGAUGACAUGCCAAACCCCACAAAGGUUGACAAGAAAGAUAGACACAUUAUUAAAUUUUCAUUGAAGAAUGUGACCAAUCCAAUCCGUCAAAGUGUUCCUCUUUUCUUCUCCAAACCCGGGCCUCCCAGCCAACCUAAAAUCCCGAGUUCUGAAGUUCAAAUUAGCUUCCCUGAGGUCAGUUCCAAGAAUCCUUGCCCCUCAAAGCUGGAUAGUAAAAUUAUAUUUUCACCUACAGGUAAAAGCUACGCAGAAAAAGUUUCUAAAACUUGCCAAAUGCAGUCGAAGAGCUGUAAGGAUAUUGAUUGUGAUCACAAGUCUGCUGAGCAUCAUCGCUACACUAGUGCUUCUCAGCCUAUAGAAGAAAAGAAAGGAUUUACAUCAUUUGCUUCACCUGAUGGAUGUAGUGAGCCUCAGUCUACAAGCGAGAAGCUUCCAUCUUUAUCUUUAAAAGAGAAAUCACAUAAUUCAUCUAUGAAUUCAAAUGACGACAAACAAGCUACACCAGAGACCAGGAAAGACUUCCUCAAGAGGCUAAGAGAUGUAGGAGGUUCAUGUGGGAACAAGACUCAUUCCAACUCAAUGAGUUCAUGCCUUGAAUCGAUGUCUGCAUUGAAGGGUAGACUGCUGGAAUUCCAGAAAACUCAGUUUGGCAACAUAGAUGUGGAAGAAAGGACAAAGGAUCCUCAUCAAAGGACUCCCGAUGAUGCAAAGGGAGAGAGAGAAACGGAAAGCAAGAACAAAGAGGAUUCAGUGAAGAAGAGAUUGUCUUCAGUAUCAGAUAACAGCAGUUUCUCGGGUCACACAGAUGGUCAGUCAAGUGGCCAAAGGGAACCAAAUCCACCCGCUCAAAGGGGGACAAACCCAGUGAAGGAAAGCAAGAGAAGCUCUUCUGGUGAAAGAAAUACUGACAAAACAAAAGGAGAAGGAAAAAUGCAAUGCAAGAAAACCAAUUCUGUCAGCGAGAAAACCCUUUUGUUGUCUGCUAACAACAGUGGAUCAGAUACCCAUAAACCAUCUUCAUCGCCCUCAGCAUCUCAAGAAGGUAGAAGUUCAGUGAACAGUAAUCAAAGUGAAUCAACCUCUUGGUCUGCUAACAAAAACAAGUCUUUUGUCUCUGCCUUUUAUGGCAGCCCUUCAGUUUUCGAUCGACGGUCUGCCCCAGCUAUUCUAAGGGGAAGAAAGUAAACUAAGUGCUUGAUCUUGGCUAAAAUCAUGGUAAAGGGAUCACCAUCCAGACAAAGUUUUGUAAAUGUAUUGAUACUCCCUUAGUGUUUGUACGUGCAUAUACACUCUUCAUGGUCUGUGUAUUGGUAGUAGUAUUUGACAGCUGCUUUUUGCGUAAUUAAGUGUCUCUUUUGUGUUC